AUGCAUAAAACUAAUCUGUUAGUAAAUAAAUACAUGUUUGAUCACUGAUCACGAGCAAAUAACGUGAUAAAUAAAUCAAUGAAUGCAUGGAGGAACGCGAGCAGAAAAUAAACACGUCGGUGUCACUUUUCGAAUGCACUUUAAAGUUUUAUAUUUCAUAAAAGUGUGGAUUUUACCAUAUCUUUGGUACACAUUUGACUUCAUUUACUUUAGUUACGUCAUUCCAGUCAAGACCUAUGAUUCACAAAAUUUAAGCGUUAUGGAGAUUCUGAACGGGAACAUGGAAAUUCAUAGACAAAUAAAUGACCAGAUUUUCACGUGUCCUUACACACUAGAAUAUAAAUAGUCACGUCCCUUCCCCCCAAGUAGCACGCCUCUUAACGCCAUGAAUCCUGACGAUGAUGCCCCUUCAGCAACCACAUCAAAGAAGGCGAAACAUCCGAAGAAAACCGGCAAGAAGAGUAAAUUCCUUGCGAAACCUGUAGAUCACAUUUCCGUCUCAGACAUACAGCACCGCUCGGACGAUGAUUCUUCCGUUUUUGAGAUGGACGAAAACAAUCUCUUCAUCUGUGUCAAUGAAGCGAGGAAAGUGGUCUCUGCGCCAAGAGCAAGCAAUAAAUUUCUUGUGGAUAAAGAGGAUAUAAAUGAAUCUCCUCUCCCACUAAAGAAGCACAUGGUCGUAAUCAUACGCGACUUUUCCGUUAACAAGGAUUCCUCUGGAGAAAGUCCGACAAAGCUUUCUGCCUCCAAAGAGUUAAAGGUCAAACUACUAACUCACAAACUAUGCUCCUACAUCAUCGGGAUCCCCGGACUACUCGCAGAUCUUCAGGCAAUCAACAUAAUGAAAGGAUGUACCAAACAAAUUCCUGAAAUGGAGUCUGAGACAGCAUACAAGAGCCUUUUGCUAGCAAUUAUCGAGACAAAAAUCAGGGCUAAAACCGGAAAAGUUAUCAUUAUCAAUUUAGAAGAUCAAAGCUGUAUUUCUCCCCCUCAUUUGAAGUCAUAUUGUGAAGACAUGUGCAGAGCAGAGGUCUUCACACUUGACAAGUGUAAAAGUGCCUCGUUUCAUUUAAAGUUGGAAAAGUUGACAACUAGAAUAUGCAGAUAUCUUAAUGCGGUUGACCUAACGUCUCACAAGAAUUUAGAAAGUAAUGACGACACGGAUCCGAAAUUGGACCUCAAUGCAAACGAGCUUGAAAAUAAUGACUCAAUUUGCACCAAUAAUUUUUCCAAUGGUGACGACAUAUUGACGGAAGAAAUACCCGGUGAAGAAAUCUCCUCGUCACCCGGCGUCGCUGAACCAGAAGGUCUCGACGCCGGAAAUGAAGUAAUAGUCGACACGGCCAUAAUUGCAGAAAUUAAUAAUAACGACAACGUCAUUAACGUUCCACUGGAAGCUGUGACAAAUGAUGUAGAAACUUUAGAGGGAAAAAUUGAAGCUUAUAACAUAGACGUUCCGUGUCACGAUUUAAUCCUGGAGCACAAAGUGAGCGAGUCUGACAUCACGAACGGAAAUGAGGAUUGCGUCGGUCGCUCUGAAACCACAUCAGUUCGAGAUUGCAGCAAGACGGAUAUUGCUGCCGAUUUACGCAAACCAAGUUCUCGCGUGAGGAAGAAACGUCGCCAUGCCGUGACGGCCUUAUCGCAGCAGAAUGCCUCCAACGAUAACUCUCGAUCCAGCUCAAACAGUGAAGAAUCUCUUCACAUGAGUUUCAUUUUUGCUCAACGCCCAAAACUACUCAAGAUUCAACUUACGGCGGACGAAUCUCGCUAUCCGUCCUCCGUAUUCACACGGUUCCCAACGUCUCACGGGGGAAAUUCCGACGUCAAUUUGAACCCUGCCGAAGCGAAUUUGUACAAAGGCUGGGUCGCCGUCCCCACCGUGGACGCUACCUUAACCACAUCUCCCACCGGGGUAGUUAGUCAAAUUCGUACCAACUCUACCUCCGCCUACCAUAGUUUUAUCGUAAAAGUGAAACCAAAAUUUCGGAAAAUUGGCCAAGUAAUGAGAAAAGCUUUCAGCCCGAUUGGCAGUUUAUUUUCUUGCGAAGCCUGCACCAGCCACCAAAGCCGACCAAGCACCCCGCAACGUAUCGACUACCCUAGAAUUAUGCUGGAAUCUAGAGCAUUUGACCAGAGGGGACGAUAGAUAAGGGAUAAAAAUAGAUAGAAAAUGUUGUAAUGAAGCUGAAUAUUAAAGGAAAUAUAUGUAAAUCAAACUAUAA